AUGGUCAAGCUCGAAGAAGUCAUUGACGAGGACUUCCUCCGCCCGCAGGAAGGCCCCAUGGACGAAGACGAAUGGGACACCGAUUCCGAAUCCGAAACCUCCUCCAUUGCCUCCGAAGACCUGACAGCCGAAACCCUGUACGAGCGCCUCGUCGCCCUGCAAGACAUUAUCCCGGCCUCGUACCGACGCAGCCUCUCGUCGAAACUCGGUACCGCCAAGUCGGCGCUCAGGACGGGCGCGUCGUGGGGCGGCAGGACGUUGUGGGUCGUGAGCACGAGCGUGCUGCUGCUCGGGGUGCCGUGGGCGCUGGCGUAUAGCGAGGAGCAGAUGAUGCUGGAGCAGGAGAGGGAGAUGCAGAUGCAGCAGAAGGCGAAUGAGUUUUUGACGCCUGGCACG